UUCUUGAAACCAUUAAUUCGGGUCGGGUCGAACAAAUCAAGUACCAGCAAUUGUCGAUCAAUUUGCGUUUCCGGAUCCGUCAUGUGAUGGCCAUGUGUAUUGAAACUAAGCGAAGAAAAAAACGGAACAAAAAACACAUCUACAAGCUCCGGAUCCAAAACCCUAACCACUUCGCUUCCGUUCCCGCCACCGCCAAUAACCGAACCCAUAGGGCCACAUAGGGUAAUCAACAGCGGUAACCGGAGCUUCCGCUGUAUUCCGGCGAUUAAGCAUGCCGACAUUGAACCGGCGGGGGAGAUCAUACAUGUAAAAUCUCAGGGGAGUUUUACCGGUGCACGGAACGGUUGCAACAGAUUUAAACUUCGAUCGACCAUCACCUUCACCACUCACUCAGAAGAGGUUUUUCGUUUCUCUAUCAAAAGGUUCCCGCCGCCACAACCCCUAAUUCUGUUUUCUGCUGCAGGUUCCGCCACAACCCCGUCGUCAUGGUCAAGUACUCAAGAGAGCCCGAUAAUCCCACCAAGUCAUGCAAGGCUAGAGGUGCUGAUCUUAGAGUUCAUUUCAAGAACACUAGGGAAACUGCCUUUUCAAUCAGGAAAUUGCCUUUGACAAAGGCCAAGAGUUACUUGGAGGAUGUUCUUGCACACAAACAAGCCAUUCCAUUCAGGCGUUUCUGUCGUGGUGUUGGGAGGACAGCUCAGGCCAAGAAUAGACACUCUAAUGGACAAGGAAGGUGGCCUGCCAAAUCCGCCAAGUUCAUUCUAGAUUUGCUCAAGAACGCAGAGAGUAAUGCUGAAGUGAAAGGUUUGGAUAUUGAUGCUCUUUACGUGUCUCAUAUCCAAGUUAAUCAAGCACAGAAGCAAAGACGUCGAACAUACAGAGCCCAUGGAAGAAUUAACCCUUAUAUGUCAUCUCCAUGCCACAUAGAGUUGGUAUUAUCUGAAAAAGAAGAGGCGGUCAAGAAAGAGCCUGAGACCCAGUUGGCACCAAGCAAGAAGAAGGCUUAAACUCUUCAUUGCUGCGCAUGUUAAUUUUUCUUCCUUUAUUUGUAUCAGAUAUUUGUAGGAAAUGUUUAAACUCUUUUCUAUUUGAUACUGUUUUCGUAUCACUUUUUUUUAAGUUUUGAUUUUGAUGACUUAGCUUUGGAGUUUGAACUCUUGGACUGUUGUUACUUUCUUUUGGAUUCUUUUUAGGCUUUGUUUGGCUUGAUGGAAUGUGAUUAAAUGGGGUGGAAUGGAAUGGAGUAUGAUUUCAUUAUUUGGAUUUAAAAAAAAAAUAGUGGAGUGGAGGAAACAUAAUGAUUUGAUGACUUAAGUUUUGGAGUUUGAA